AGUUGACCGAGAUCGGCAUCGCAAUGCUAGAUACUCAGGAUAUUCAAGGUCUGGAACCGGGUCCCAAUGCUAAGAACUGGCUCGACAAGAUCUGGUUCUAUCAUCUGCGAAUACGGGAUCACGGUCACAUGGUGAACACCAGAUUCUGCCCUAGAAACCUAGAAAGCUUUGACUGGGGCACGACAAAGUGGGUGACGAAAGUGGAAGCAUCGCGCGCCCUCCAUGAGGUGUUCACCGAACGAAUCGAGCCUAUCAAGCCGGAACUUUGCCCUGUCGUCUUCCUUGGACACGCCGUUCACGGAGAUUCCCAGAAGCUGGUGGAACACCUCCAGUUCGAUAUGACCGCCAUCGGAUCGGUAGUCAGUACGCUCGAUACACGGGUGAUCGCUAGCGAGCGCGGUUACCGUGGUAGAGGCGAUAAAAUCGGUCUUGGUCCUCUGUGCUCGCGGUUUAAUAUCAGCCCAAAGCAUCUGCAUAAUGCAGGCAACGACGCAGCCUACACUAUGCUUGCCGCUGUACUAAUGGGCUUGACGAACGAGCAAAAGGAGGCCGCCCAAUCUGACGAGCCGAUGGAGAAUCUCAUGACUUCGCUAAUGGCCGCCGGGAAGUCCUAUAAGCCAGCGGCAUGGGGAGUCAGGAGAUUCUGCACCCGCUGCGACCGCGUUGGUCACACCCAACCGGAAUGUAUGGCCCGAGAGGAGUGCUCCAAGUGCAAGACCAAAGGCCGAAGGGGAUUCCGUAACCACGCAACACAUAGGUGUACGUGGGUGGAGCGAGUGUACGAAUCGUUGGAAGAACUCAACAACAUCCAGCGGUAAUUUGACAUACUGGUUCCUUGCGUACUACAGCGCUUCAAUCAUUACGCUUUGUAACCUUCGUGAGAAGCUACGGUCUUUCCAGCCUUUUCCAACACUUCCAUUAGAAUCAACGGGCUGGCUACUCGUAACUCCGGAUAGAUCACCUCCCAAUG